AUGUCAGAUGAUGAACAGAGCCCACAACCAUCUCCAGCAUUCAUUCCCAAUGAGGAUGGAAAAUCUGAAGCAAAAAUUCGUAUGGAAAUGGAAGCCAAGCGUAGAAAAGAGAGAGCUGAAGAGGAAUGGAGAGAAUAUGAAGAGUUUCGUAGAGGUGAACGUGAAAAAGAAGAAGAAGAGAUACGUCAAUUAAGAGAACGUCGAGAACGACGUAAAAUGGAACGUGAAGAAGAAGAAAAACGAUUAGCUGAAUUACGUCAGAUAGAAGAUCAAAAAAGACGAGCAGAAGAAGAAGAACGACAAAGAAAGAAACGUGAAGAAGAACAACGUAAACGUGAAGAACGUGAACGUAAAAAGAAAGAAUGGGAAGAGCGUAAAAAUGCUAAUCGACCUAAUUUCGUUAUUACAAAGAAGGAACCAGGUGCACAAGAAACGGAAGAAGAGAAAAAGGAAGAAGUUACAAAGUCAAAAGAACAGUUGGAAGCUGAAAAACGUGCCAUUUUAGAACAGCGUAUACAGCCAUUGAAUAUUAGUGGUUUUAAUGCUGAUCAAUUAAAGAAUAAAGCUAAAGAAUUACACGAUCUUAUCUGUCGAUUAGAGGGUGAUAUUUAUGAUUUAUCACAACGUUUCACAAGACAAAGUUAUGAUAUGCAAGAAUUAGCAGAACGUGCACGUCAAAUAAACAAAGGAGGGAAAGCAAAAGCUAUCACCAAUGCACCGGAUCCAUUAGCGGCAAAAUUCAGCGGUAUUCCUCCUAUGGUUGUUAUGUACAGUCAAUAUGAACGAGUAAAAGAUCCAAGAUCAUUCAAAGAUCGACGCACUGUCUUUACAGGUGCUAAUUAUGCAGAAGAAUAUCAACGUAUUGCACCUUCACAUGUGUUGGUUAUGACAGAAGAAGGCUUCCAAAUAGCCGGAGCCGCUGAAGGUGGAGGACAUUCGGCUGCUCCUGCCCCUGCUACUGAAGUUCCUGUUGAAUAA